AUGCCCGGCACACUCAUCAUCGACACCGACCCCGGAGUGGACGAUGUCCUCGCCAUCCUUCUGGCGCUCGCUUCGCCCGAGUUUCACGUCAAGCUCAUUUCCAUCGUAUUUGGGAAUACCCAUGCGCCUAUGGCGCACGCCAACCUACUCAAGAUCUUUCAUGUGCUUGAGAGUGAGCUCAAGGGGUUUCCAGAGGAGACAGUCAGGCGGUAUCAGAGUCUAGGGGAUGAGGGGAAGAAGGAGAGGGCGCGAGCAAUAUUGGCUAUGGGGGCGGAUGGACCGAUCGGGGGUGAGAAGGCUACGGCGGCGUACUUUCACGGCAAAGACGGUCUUUCAAACUUGACCGAGACUCACCCGCACUUCACACCCGCUCCUGCGGUCACGGACUCGCACGACCACCUGGACCUGGACGACCGGCCGAGCUGGGAGGUCAUGCUAGAGAUGCUGGAGAAGGAGGAAGAGGGAAGUGUGACCAUUGUCGCUCUGGGCCCAUUGACCAAUCUCGCCCAAGCCAUGCGCACCGACCCCAAGACCUUUGCCCGCGUCGGCGGCGUAGUCUGGAUGGGCGGUACCCUUGAGCACGCCGGCAAUACAUCGGCCUCUGCCGAAUUCAACUGCUUCGCCGACCCCUACGCCGCCGCUGAGAUCAACGAUGCCGCCCAGGCCGGGUUGAUCAAGCUCGUCAUGGCUCCUCUGGACAUCACCUCCUACCAAGACGUACCCUUUACCGACCUUAUCCACCCCUCCAUCAUCGCGUCCGCCGCCGCCGAGAACGAGGCAAAGGGUCUGCCCCCUACCCCCCUCGAGGCGUUCGUGAGCGCCAUGCUCAUUCGCGUGCGAGGACUCCAGCGGUCUUUCGGUCUGCCGGACGCUAUGGAGAUGCAUGACCCCGUGGCGAUCUGGUAUGCCCUCUGCGCGGCGGGUCUGCCGGCGAUUGGGCUGGGAGAGGGUGGCAAGCCCGAAGGAUGGGUCAUGAAUCAGCGGGAGUUCAAGGUGGAGCGGAUCGGCGAGUUGACGCGAGGAAUGUGUGUGGUGGAUCGCCGAGGGAGCGGGGAGGCGAGUGGGGAGGACAGGACAAAGGGGGAAUUGGGUAAGGGAGGGGCGGUCCCGUCACUGGAGGUUGAGAAGGGGAGGAUGGGUGAGGAUGUGUUUAGGCCGAAAAAUCUGCCGUGGGUGCUUGUGCAGUCCCCGGGGAAGGACGUGCUCAGGAAGAUACUGCUGGAACGGGUGUUUGGGGGCAGUGUCUAG